AUGCUGCCGAUUCUGCUGGGUGCACUGUGCUGCUUGGCGUCGCUAGCCAGCGCGCAGAACGAAACGGAGCCCAUUGUGCUCGAGGGAAAAUGCCUAGUGGUGUGCGACUCCAACCCGACUUCUGAUCCAACCGGGACAGCACUUGGAAUAUCAGUCAGGUCCGGGAGCGGGAAAAUUGCUUUUUCUGCCGUCAGACACACGAACCAUGAGCCCUCGGAGAUGAGCAAUCGGACCAUGGUCAUCUAUUUUGACCAGGUGCUUGUAAACAUCGGCAAGAAUUUUGAUGAAGAAAAGAGCUACUUUACCGCUCCUCGCAAAGGGAUAUACAGCUUUAAUUUCCACGUCGUGAAAGUCUAUAACCGCCAGACGAUCCAGGUGAGCCUGAUGCUGAACGGCUGGCCGGUGAUCUCGGCGUUUGCGGGCGACCAGGACGUGACGCGCGAGGCGGCCAGCAACGGCGUGAUCAUGGCGAUGGAGAAGGGCGACCGGGCCUACCUCAAGCUGGAGCGCGGGAACCUCAUGGGCGGCUGGAAAUACUCCACCUUCUCCGGCUUCCUCGUCUUCCCUCUGUAG